AUGCCGUCAGAUAAAUACGAAGAAGAGGAAAAGAGGAUCUCAGAGGCCUUAGAGAUACUUAGGAAAAAUCCGAAGCAAAAAAUCAAGCCUUUGGCGCGCCAAUUCGGUGUGGAUUACCAACGGCUCCGGCGACGUGUGUUAGGCGGCACUUCUCAACUAAACCGACAACCAGCGCAUAAGCGAUUGACGGACGAUCAAGAACGCGCUAUAAUUCUAUGGAUGAAUGAUCUAGAUGACAGAGGAAUCCCUCCAAGCGUCCGCAUGAUAAAGAAUUACGCCGAAAAAGUGCAUCAAAAUAUGCACCCCAACGCGGAUAGUCUCCCUCAACUCGGAGAUCGUUAG